AUGAAAUUCACCAAAAGAUUUCUUCAAACUGAUCCAUUUCUUUUGAUCAUUACUUUUAUACAGCAUAUCUCAGCCGAUGCAGAACUUGCAAUCCUUCAAUUAUCUAGAUCAUCAGAAACUCAUCAAACCUCAUCAAUCAAAGGAACCUUACCAAACUUACGUGCUUCUUUUCAAUCCACUGAUUCAUUGUACAUCUUAACCUCUUAUUUACCUGGAGGAACUUUAUCAGAUCUGAUGAUCAAACGUCAAGAGUCCAAAUUAACUUCAAUUCAAGAUCAUCAAUAUGAACGGAUUGUAAAACAAUGGAUCAUGGAAAUCGUUUUAGGUUUGGAUUGGUUACAUACUCAACAUUAUUGGGUUCAUAGGGAUUUGAAACCUUCGAAUAUCUUAUUAAGUUUAGAUGGUCAUAUCGUCUUGAACGAUUUCGGUACUGCUGCUCCAUUGAUCAAAGUCUUGCCUCCUUGUAUAGAUCAGUAUCAUUGGGAAAAGUUUCAUGAAGAAAUCGUUUAUGAGUUUCCUAGAUUAUUGGUGCCUAAAAGCUUUUCAAGAACUUUGCUGAGAUCUUACAUUCUCAUUUACAUACAGUCAUGGAUCUCAUGGAUAGUGAUUCAGAGAGCACUACUCCGAAUGAUGAUGAUGGUUUAA